AUGACGGCAGCGACGUCAAAAUCAUGCCUGGAAAGGCUGGAAGAGAUGCUCGAUGUCGACGUCGACGACAUGGACGCCGACUUUAUCCGCUCCAUGCCCGUCAAGCCCCACGACCAGACGAGCAACCAAGCUUUUGUGGACGUGUCGCUUGCUCUGGAAUCAAACAGGGAUCUCAUCGUUCAGGUCGCCACCGAGAUGAAGGGAUCAGACUGGCUGGCCAUUUACACCAGGAUCGCGGUCCUCAUGUGCAGGAGAAACUUGGACCUCAUCAGUGGCCGCGUGCUCCUCCAAACCUCGCCUGCCCAGGCCUACGACACGGCCGCCACGCUCGCACACGCCCGGCUGUACGACGCCGAGUUUGCUCGCGCCGGCGUCCCGCGCGACCGCUUCUGCAUCAAGAUCCCCAGCACCGGGCCGGGGCUCAACGCGGCCAAGGUCCUGCAGGACGAAGGCAUCGCCACGCUGGGCACGGCGCUGUUUAGCGUCGUGCAGGCCGUCGCCUGCAGCCAGGCGGGGUGCUUGAGCAUCAGUCCUUAUUUUAACGAGAUUUACGCCCACGAUCUGUCAAAGCGCGACCAGGUUUGGCCCAAGACCACGGACCCUGUAACGCAGCACCCCAUGGCACCACGUCUUGUCCACAUCCUCGAGACGUACCGUCGUUUAUACAAGGAGACGGGCAAGAUGCAGCCGUUGGUCAAGAGCGCGAGCUUCAUCUCCGUCCAAGAAGCCAUGGCCGCCGCCGAAAUGGGCUGCCAGUCCGCCACGCUGUCGCGCGAGAUCCUGACCAAGCUCGCCGAGACGCCCUACGACGCAGCCGCCCAGCCGGGCGAGGGACGGCCCAAGCCCGCCCACGCUUACGACGCCCCGGAGCCCCUGCCCGCGCGUCUCCGGCCCCUGCUCGAACGCGAUCCUCUCACCGAGGGUUGGGACGGCAGCAUGCCCAGCGCAGACGUGGACUACCUGGCAGAUGGGGGCGCGGCGCUGCAGCGCGCCAUCGACGCCGACCCAGCGACUCGCAAGAGGGUCCGCGAUGCGCUGGACUUUUUCGUCGACGCCGAGGAGCGAAGCAGGAGGAGGAUCGAGGCGGUUGUGGCGGCGCUGGGUUGA